AGCCCUUUUCUCCCUUCCUCUCUCUCUCUCUCUCUCUCUCUCUCUCUCAGUUUCGCUCUCUGCAACCACUAGAUCUCCGAUCAGGUAAAUCUCCACCGUCCAUUUGCUUCUCUUUCCCUUUCAAGUUCAACACUGAUGCUCGCGAUGCUCUAGCUCUUUAGGUCCCAAUGGAAUUUCUGCUAGAAAUUUGAAAAUCCCUCAGCUAAAACUCCACCUUCUUCAUCCGCUUUCUUUCUCUACACAAAGCUCAAACGAUUUUCAUUUCCAUUUGUACCCUCUCUCGCCUAGAAAAAUUACACUUGCAUGUAUCAUUUGCCUGUUAUUUCUGGAAUUCACGGAUAUUGUUGAGCAAAAAGGAGUGUCUCUGUGCAGUGUAUGGCGCAGUAUUUUUGCAAUCAAGGGUAGAGCUGUUUUCGUUGUUGUUGGUGGGAUUGGUAUGCAUAGUGGGAAGAAAUCAGGGCAAGGAGGGGAUGGGGGGGCGGAGGCGAGGCCGCUGCGCACGAGCGACAGGCUGCGGAGGCGGCCAAAGAUUUACGGACGGGCGUACUUGUAUUACAACACCAACAUCAUUCGCACCAGGAAAGGGAAGGGCAAGAACAAGACCAGGACUGCCGCGUCUCAGAUCGCCAAGAUGUUGUGCGUGCGCACGCCGAACAACGAUUCAGUCGCAACCAACCUUCGGCGUUCUACAAGAAAGAGAAGGGUUUCUGUGAAUCUUGAAGAUUACACAGAUAGUUCUGGAACAGAGGAUGAAGACUUAAUGAGACCUGCUUAUCGACCUUUGAGGAAUCGAGUUUCCAACAGUGCAAGUCAUGACGAGUUAUCAUCUCCGAAGCGUAGGAAGAUUGUGGAGACUAAACCAACACCUCGGCGUGAAGGACUUCGACCUCGUCGUUCAAAAGCAGUUGCAAGAGAACGAUUACGUUUAGAGUCUGAUGAUGAGCAAGAUGAUGGUCACAACGAUGGUGAGGCUGAAGAUGAGGGCGAGGGCGAAGAUGAAGGAGAGGAAGAUGGUGAUGAUGAAGAGGGUGAGGAAGAACAGGAGGGAAGGAGGCGAUAUGAUCUUCGAAAUCGUGCAGAUGUCCGAAGGAUGUCUAUGGAAGAAGGUAAGCCAAGACCAAGAUCUCCUCGAAGAGUAUUACACCAAGGAAUGGGGACUAAGGUUGGUAGGGAUGUAAGGAAGGGUGGAUCAAGAGUUCAUAAGCGUCAUCGUUUAACGAGAGCUGAAGAUUCUGAUGAUUCUCUUCUCGUGGAUGAGCUGGACCAAGGCCCUGCAAUUCCUUGGGGGCGAGGUGGGAGCAGAUCUGGACCACCUUGGCUUUUUGGGGGACUGGAUAUGCAUGGGACAACAGCAUGGGGAUUGAAUGUUGCUGCAUCAGGUUGGGGUCAUCAGGGUGAUGCUUUUGCUACCUUGACUUCUGGAAUUCAAACUGCUGGGCCAAGCUCUAAGGGAGGGGCAGACAUCCAGCCUUUACAGGUUGAUGAGAGUGUUAGUUUUGAUGAUAUAGGUGGCCUUUCUGAAUAUAUUGAUGCUUUGAAGGAAAUGGUUUUCUUUCCCUUAUUAUAUCCAGAUUUCUUUGCAAGUUACCACAUUACCCCGCCAAGAGGGGUGUUGUUAUGUGGUCCGCCUGGCACUGGGAAAACAUUAAUUGCCAGAGCAUUAGCCUGUGCUGCAUCAAAGGCUGGUCAGAAAGUCAGUUUUUACAUGCGUAAGGGAGCUGAUGUACUAAGCAAAUGGGUGGGUGAGGCUGAAAGACAGCUGAAACUACUUUUUGAGGAAGCACAAAGGAAUCAGCCUUCCAUCAUUUUUUUUGAUGAAAUAGAUGGACUUGCUCCCGUAAGGUCUAGCAAACAAGAGCAAAUUCAUAAUUCUAUUGUGUCCACAUUGCUUGCACUGAUGGAUGGGCUUGAUUCUCGUGGACAAGUCGUUUUAAUUGGAGCAACCAACAGGAUUGAUGCCAUCGAUGGGGCCCUGCGACGCCCUGGUCGAUUUGAUCGUGAAUUUAACUUUCCAUUGCCUGGUUGUGAGGCACGUGCUGAAAUAUUAGACAUUCACACUCGCAAAUGGAAGCAUCCUCCUUCAAAGGAACUAAAAUUGGAACUUGCAGCUAGUUGUGUGGGCUACUGUGGUGCUGAUUUAAAAGCUUUGUGUACUGAAGCUGCCAUUCGUGCUUUUCGUGAAAAAUAUCCUCAGGUUUACACAAGUGACGACAAAUUUCUGAUAGAUGUUGAUUCAGUAAAGGUUGAGAAGUAUCACUUUGUUGAAGCCAUGUCAACAAUAACUCCGGCUGCUCACCGAGGGGCUGUUGUGCACUCUAGGCCGCUGUCUUCAGUGGUUGCACCAUGUCUACACAGACAUCUCCAGAAAGCCAUGAAUACUAUAUCAGAUAUAUUUCCUACGGUUGUAGUGUCAUCAGAGUUGACCAAGCUUUCUAUGCUUUCAUACGGUUCUGCAAUUCCUCUUGUCUAUAGGCCUCGGCUUAUGCUUUAUGGUGGUGAAGGUACUGGGCUGGAUCAUAUUGGGCCUGCAAUUUUACAUGAGCUGGAGAAAUUUCCUGUUCAUUCUCUAGGACUUCCAUCUCUUCUUUCAGAUCCCAGUGCAAAGACACCGGAGGAGGCACUGGUACAUAUAUUUGGUGAAGCAAGGCGAACAACACCAUCAAUACUCUAUUUACCUCAGUUCAACCUUUGGUGGGAGACUGCACAUGAGCAGCUCAGGGCUGUCCUGCAGACUUUGCUGGACGAAUUGCCUUCUGACUUGCCUAUAUUAUUACUUGGAACAUCCACGCUUCCACUUGCUGAAAUUGAAAACGUGCCAUCUUCAGUAUUUUCUGCCCGUUCUGUCUACCAAGUCAGCGAACCAUCUACUGAAGACAGGUCAUUUUUUUUCGACCACUUAAUUGAAGCUGCUUUGUCAGUCUUGUUGGAGAGCAUGACGGAAAAAUCCCAUGAUUCAGUACCCCUUCCUGAACUUCCCAAGGCACCAAAAGUGGCAAGUGGUCCAAAGGCAUCCGAGUUAAAAGCCAAGGUAGAAGCUGAGCAGCAUGCCCUUCGCCGAUUGCGGAUGUGCCUUAGAGAUAUUUGCAAUCGGAUUUUAUAUGAUAAACGGUUUGGUGCGUUCCAUUAUCCAGUUUCAGAUGAGGAUGCUCCAAACUAUCGCUCAAUCAUCCAGAACCCCAUGGACGUGGCUACUCUGCUUCAGCGUGUUGAUUCUGGGCAGUAUAUUAUAUGUUCAGCAUUUCUGCAAGAUGUAGAUCUCAUUGUCUCCAAUGCGAAGGCUUAUAACGGAGAUGAUUACAAUGGCGCUAGGAUUGUUAGUAGAGCUUAUGAACUUCGAGAUGCAGUGCAAGGGAUGCUAUCACAGAUGGACCCUGCACUGGUUGCAUACUGUGACAAGAUUGCUGACCAAGGUGGUCCUGUGCAUAUGCUAGAUGAUUUGGGUGGGUCUACUUUCCCAUCUACCCCUGUGGUGCAACUGGGAACCGUUACCAGAGCAAGUGCUCGACUGCGUAAUGUCCAGCCAGAGGUUAAUCUGGAUCAAAGCUAUGAGGCACUGAAAAGGCCAAAGAAGAAUGCCGAUGCUGCACAUGCAGCUCCAAUGGCAGCAGAAGAUAAGUCACGGUAUCAAGAUUCAGUUGUGGCAAAGUCAUCCCAGGAACAUGAGACAAAUGACACAAAUCCAGAAAGGCCAGAAACCUCUUCUGGUGAUGGUGAUGGUGAUGGUGAUCGGCCUGAAACUUGUGGGGAGCCUUCUUCUGGUCAUGCUGAUGGGAUUGGAUCCGAAGAUGUUAUCGUGUGUGAUGUUGACAUUUCCAGCCAAACGGAGUCUGUCAAGCGGCUUUUUAUGGAGCGUACUGCAACCUACAACAUUCCACAGCUUGAAAGGCUUUACACGCGUAUAAUGAAGGGCGUUUUUGAAACGAAAGACAAAGUAAAAGAUGAUCUUAGGCCUUCAAUUUUGAUGUAUUUGGAGAAAUUUGCCGAGGAGGAGGCUAAUUUCUGAUUCAAUGACCUUUUUUCUUACUCAAAAAAAAAAAAAAAAAAAAAUCCAAAAAAGAAGAAGAAAAAAAAAAGGCUGUUGGUCAAUGUAAAGUCGGGAUUUUCUUUUCAAUGCCGAAGUAUUGAGUGAAAGCGAUCUCUCUCUCUCUCUCUCUCUCUCAAUUUUUGGAUGAAGCAAAUGGGUCAUUCUUUUUUGCUUUAGUUGGAGCAACUAUGGGAAGCCAUGAACAAGACAGACAGCGGAUCACAUAGAAAAUGGAAUGAAACUGUAGCGCGUGCAUCCGUUUGAAAAAAAAAAAAUGCUAUUAAUUUGGUGUUGGUAAAAAAAAUUUGACAUUGGCUCCUUUUGGUUUGGGAAAAUUACAAAUUAUCCCCA